AUGACUGAGUUGUAUUAUUCGAAAAAUGAUAAAAGCACACUCUUUCGAUUAUCCUCUGAUACAGAACGAUUAAACAAAUACUACGAAUCAAUUCGUUCUUUAGAUUAUAAAAAUUUAGAUAAUACAACUUUAUCUUCAUUAUUAAAAAAGUUUAUUCGAAACCUUAAGUCUCCUAUUUGGCCUGAAGAAUUUCUUCAACCAUUAGUAUCAUGUAUGGAUUCCCAAAAUAAAAUGAGUCUUAUUACAUCAAUACGUAGCAUGAUAAACAAACUCCCCCCCUCAAAUAGAACAUUUUUAAAGAAAUUAGUUUUUUUAUGUAACGAGGUUAUUCAUUCAAAAGACUCAAAAAUGACUGCUCAGUCAAUUGCUGUUUGUUUAGCACCUGGACUAAUGCGAAAGAAAGAUAUGACAUGUACCUCAAUAGCAGCAAUUACCCCAAUUUUGAAUAAUGCAUUAGCACUAAUAAUUGAAAACCAAUCCACAUUCUUUGGCAAGGUAUCACCUUAUACAGAAAACUUUGCUGAUAUUUUUGGUGAAUAUUCUAACGUCUUUGAUGCAGGGGCAUCAGAUGAGACAUUUGAAGACUUAACAUUAAAAGUUGAUCCUCGAAUUCUUAGAGGAACUGUCAGAAAAAGAAAACCAACAUUGUCGCCCAAUUCUGCGACUACACUGACAAUAAUACAACCAAUAAAAAGAAGCAAUUCUGCAGAUCCACUUGAAUGA